AUGAGGAGAGGCAUGCUGCCCCCGCCCCACGCUGCUCCUGCUCCUCUUCGUGGGCGCCGCCGCCCCAGGAGACUCCGGGCCCCCGCUGCGGAUGGGGGGCUGCGGCAGGGGGAGCGCCUGGCCCUGGCCCUGGCCCGGGAACACGUCAAUGGCCCGGGGAGACCCCGGCCCGGCUCGAGGUCGAUGUGUUCGAGGCUGCCCCGGGACAGCCAGUACGAGACCACCGACACCCAAUCCUCCCAUCCAGAUCCCCACAUCCGGGUGGGCCCCGAGGACGCCCCCCGGCCCCCCCUGCUCCGCCUGGCCUCGCUCAGCCUCUACCCCAGCAACGAGGACGUCAGCGGGGCCCUGGGGGCCUUCGCGCCCCCCGCCUCCCUCAUCUGCGCCAGGCCCGAGUGCCUGCUGCGCCUCGAGGAGCUGGUGAGGCAGUUCCUGAUCUCCCGGGAGUCGCUCUCCGUGCGGGUCCUGGACGGGGAGCAGGACCCGACCCCGCUGCUCAAGGAGAUCAGGGAUGACAAAGUGCCCACCAUCGUCAUCGACGGCCCCGCUGCCAUCGCUGGGCUGGUGCUGGCCAAGGCCUCGGAGCUGGGGAUGACGUCGACGUUCUACAAAUACAUCCUGACCACCAUGGACUUCCCCCUGCUGCACCUGGAGUCGCUCCCCUCCCCCCCAGCCACCGUGCUGGGGUUCUCGAUGUUCAACACGAGCCAUCGGUUCUACGGGGAGUUCGUGCGGAGCCUCAACAUGUCCUGGAGGGAGAGCUGCGACCUGGGGCCUUAUCCUGGUCCUGCGCUCUCGGCUGCCCUGCUGUUUGACGCUGUUCACGUGGUGGUGGGGGCCGUGAGGGAGCUGAACCGCUCCCAGGAGAUCGGGGGGUGA